GCGACGUUGACAUGACGGACACAGGUUUGUUGUACAUUUCAUUCACAACAAGCGAGUACUCGUGAUGAUCAUCGAUCUGGCAGCCCAGCUUUGACACCAUUUGUGAGACAUGCAGCCAGACAAGAACCUAAACCCCGACACGGAUGACCUUCCACUCCGAGCCAAUACUAACCACAUACUUGUCAGGCAUUAUGUGCUGGACCUGAUGCUUCAUUUUGACAGGAAGGUCAUCAGUGGUAGUGUCGUUCUGUUCUUGGAGCCUUCCUCUGGAUCGGGGUCUAAGACUGAGGAUGGCAUUGGACCUGGAUCUUGCAUUAUAGAAGCUGGAAGGAGUCACGAUGUAUAUGUGUGCAGAUCUCACAAUGAGGAAACAGUGGAGGAUGGUACAGAAGGAAUUGGGAAGGCUAUGACAAAGGUGGAGAAGAUACUUGGUGCUGGAAAAAGAGAUGGAGCUGAAUUUCAGGCUCUGUCUGGCGUACGUGCACAGACUCCACCUGAAACAGAAAUGAUUCAGUCUUCACAUUUGUGGGAAACAACCAGUGACGAUGAUUUCACCUUAGUGAUGGACUGCUGUGACCUCCAUGUGUCAAAGGUGGAAGAGGUGGACAUCUCCUCUGUGUUUGCAUCUGAGAGCUCAGGUGUCAGAUUAGUCAACCGGCAAACAGCCUUUAUUCAGAACCUUAUCUCUAUGCCCUCUGACCAAUGGAGGCAGAAGCACCAGCUCUUUUCGCUGUGCAGCCAGGCGCCUGGUGCUCAGGACGGCAGCUCACUGCAAUUCUAUCGAGACCAAUGGAGUCUGCAGGUGAGGAAGAAGGGGGUCGCCUCAGCUCAGGGGUUUCCUCGUGCUCUCAGGAUUUGCUAUGAGACAAGACCAACAGGAGGCUCCGUGAGGUGGACCAAGGACCAGGACAACAGGGUGUGUGUUUACACCGCCGGCUCUCCCAUCAACAACCGAGCCCUCUUCCCCUGCCAGGAACCGCCUGUUGCCAUGUCAACAUGGCAGGCAACAGUGCGGGCCCCCAGUGAGUGUGUGGUUCUGAUGAGCGGGGAGGAGGAGGCUGUACCUGUUGGGGACGGGGACACAAGCUUGUUAAUCUGGAAUUACCAUGUCACUAUGCCCAUGCCCGCCUCCACCUUCACCUUGGCAGUGGGCCACUGGCGCCAAGUCCCAGCAGAAAUUGCCCCAGCAGUGGAAAGAGGGCUGAAGACGGAUUGUAGUAAGACUGCCAAACUCGGGGCUAGACCCGGGGAAAGGGUCCAGGCUGACCAAAUGUCUGGCCAUGGGAGCUCCAUCAGUGAAGUAGUAAAGGGCUCUCCACUCAAGACUGGCAGCGGAGACCAGACCACCCACUCAGACUCUGCACUCUGUUACUCUUCCCUUGAGGAUGCGACACUCUCUGUAACUGAUUAUUCAGGCAUAGUGGAUGACAGCAUCUCUUGUUCCCAUGACGACUACCCUUGCCGAUUCACUGAGGAGUCGGCUAGGUCCCAGCGGGUGAUCCCGCACCGUGUGUUUGGCCCCGUCAGCUUGCUGCAGAAGGCCCAGGUGGGAGUCCUUAAGCUGUUGCCUCGAUGUUUGGCUGCAGCUCACACCAUUCUGGGGGUCCAUCCUUUUCCCCGCCUUGAUGUCCUCAUCGUCCCAGCAGGCUUCUCCAGUCUGGGCAUGGCAAGCCCCCAUAUCAUUUUCCUUUCCCAGAGUGUGUUGUGCGCUGGGAGUCCUGGUACUGAAGAGAAGAGCCUGUCCCUGUGUGGGUCCAGAAUUUGCCAUGAGAUCGCCCACUCCUGGUUUGGCCUGGUUAUCGGAGCACGAGACUGGACUGAGGAAUGGAUCAGCGAGGGCUUUGCCACCUACCUGGAGGACAUUAUCUGGGCCCAAGCUCAAAAACUCCCCUCACAAGAGACAGCAGAACAGUCUGACUUGAAGGCUCUGCUGAGGUGGAGACGGCUCUCUGAUGAGUUGCAGAACUCAGACGAGGCACUUCAAAUCCUCAGACCUAACAUGGGGAACACUGGUCAGGUCAGUGAAUCUGGCUCAUCUACGGUUAAACAUGCCCUUAACCCAGACAAAACCUUCAUGCAAGUCCACUACCUCAAGGGUUACUUCCUCCUCAGGUUCUUGGCCAGUCAAGUGGGAGAGCAACAAUUCAUCAAUUUCUUCAGAUUAUUUGUGAAGAAAUACCAUGGGCAACUCAUCUUGUCUCAGGAUUUCCUGCAAAUGCUGCUGAUUACCUUUCCCGACUUGGAGAGAGAAGGCCUCACCCUCAGUGCUAUUCAUGCUGACUGGCUCGAUCGACCGGGAAUUCCAAAGUGGCUGUAUGAAAGAAGCGCCGUGUGGUCACAGGCGAGGCUGGUGGAAGAAGUCAAAGCAGAGGUUGUAAAAUGGAUUCUCCUCAGUCAGAGCCAUCAGGGGAAGGGCAGAAAGCGGAAGAGAAUAGAGCCCAAGGUGAACUACAAAGAGCUGACAUCAGAGCAGCUAGUGGUGCUUUUGGAGCUGCUGCUGGAGGAAGAGGAGCUCAACGUGCCCACAAUGCUCGCUCUGCAGAGAACUUACAGCCUACAGGAUCAAGAUGCUGAGGUGCAACAUCGCUGGUGUGAGCUGGUGGUCAAACAUGCGUACACUCAGGCUUACGGAGACGUGGAACACUUUCUUGUUAAUUACCAGGCCAUGGGUGUGUAUCUGUACGGGGAGCUGAUGGUUCAGGAGGACCCUCAGCAGCAGGCUCUGGCCCGUCGCUGCCUCUCUUUGGUCCAGGAAGAAAUGGACCAAUCAGCACGCAGAGUGGUGGAGGAGAUGGUCCUAUGAUGUAAGAGGUUCCAACUACAGACGGAGCUGACAGGAGCUUGACUCCAAUCAGACUGCGAGGGUCCAGCGCUCACCUCCUCUUCCUCUGUCGGGGGGGGAGAUGCUGCAGAAUCACUCGGCAAGGUGGACACCAGAAGGCUGCGCUCUUACAGCCAAGGCAAACUGGCAAUGUUCAGAGGCAGCUCUGUCCAUGUCUAAAUAAAUAACUGUCUGUGAACAAAAAGCAAUGCAAACUGUUCCUAUAAGGAUGCAGGGUGGUUUACGACACUAUGCUGUAGUACAAGAGUAAAAUGACAUCAUGCCACCUGUCUAAAAGGAUAGAUAGUGGAAGAAAAGAGAGGUAUUCUAUGGAUAAAAACACUGCACAGCCAUCGUUGUUUAAAGAACCUGAGCUGCUGUGUUUAAGUUUGCUCUGCGUGUAGGUGUGACUUCAUGUGUGUUUAGUCUGAAGCCAUGAUCUGGUUCUUAAGAGUUUAGAUAGCAAAUACUUUCAGGUGAGUCAUAUUUUUAUACAUAACAAAUUACAUCUGACCACUGUCCUGUAAUGACACUGGAAAAUACGUGUAAAUGAGGGUUUUGUAACUGCUAUGUUAACAAAUAAUCAUCAGACUUGAUACGUUGAAGCUAAAAACAUUUUCAUAUUAAACACAUUACUUUUUUAAAGCAUUCAUUGAAGGAGGAAAACCUGGAGUUAGUACAGCCUGCCUACUAAACUGAUUUGAUGCUAACAAGUAGAAUUAUUAGAGCCAGAUACAUUUUCAGAUAACCUAAACAUGAUAUAACCUAUUUCUGGUGGUAGUUCUUUUAUACUGUCAUACAUAAAGGUUGAGUGAAAUCCAAGUCAUUUUUUAACAAACCAGGUGAAAAUAUGUUAUAUUUCUGUAUUAAAAAGUCACUGAA